UUAAAUGCUGAUAACUGGAAUAGCUACUUUUUUUCCUAACCUAAAAUUCUCAGCUUUAAAACCAAACUGAUUUCAGUCCAUGCUUAAAGAGUUUUACUUAAAAUCUCUUUAAUUUCAUAUGUUACUAUACAAACAGACCUAAGAUCUGGUCACAGAGAACUUCUGAAUGCUUUUAUAGUCUUAUAGAUAGUCCCAGAUGUGAGAAAUUAAACAUGAUCUAGCUUAUAACUUGAAACUUUUUCUUUUUGAGACAGAUUUUCUCUGCAUCUACGGAGUCUUUUUGCAGAUGUAAGGGCUUGCUUUCAUGCAACUCAUGGCUGCUGUAGGGCCUCUGUUUAUGGUAAGUAAUUUUUUAGGCAGCGAACAUUAACUUUGUCUCCAAUUCUUCUCCCUGCAGGAAGCUGCACAAGCCUUGAUUUAUGCAGGGAUGGCUGGGUCCAACUUGGAAAAUAUUCAAGAAAAAAUAAAUGAGUACUUGGAGAGAGUUCAAGCUCUUCAUUCAGCAGUUCAAUCACAGAAGACAGACCCUCUGAAGUCAAAACAACAGCUGGACUUGGAGCGUGCUCACUUCCUAGUUACACAGGCUUUUGAUGAAGAUGAUAAAGGCAAUGCAGAAGAAGCUAUAGAGUUGUACACAGAAACAGUGGAACUCUGUUUGAAAACAGCUACUGAAACCUCAGAAGCAGGCCUCCAGUCCAAACUGAAACAGCUGGCUCGACAAGCACUGGAUAGAGCAGAAGCACUGAAGGAAUCUAUGUCAAAGCCAUCUCAGAAAGAAAAGUCAACUGCAGCCAAACCAAAUCAGCCAGUCAGAACCUUCUUUCCAUUGGGACCUGAUUUUUCUUUAAAUGAUAAACCACAGACAAUAAGAGCAGUACAAGCUAGUGAAUCUCAAGGUCAGAGAUACACUGCAGAAGAGAUUGAAGUACUCAGGAAGACUUCAAAAAUUAAUGGCAUUGAAUAUGUACCUUUCAUGAGUGUUGAUCUGAGGGAACGUUUUGCCUUCCCUAUGCCUUUUUCUGAUAAGUGUGGGAAGCUACCAUUAUCCCCCAAACAGAAGGCAAUGUUUGCCAAGUGGGUGCGACCAGAUGACAUAACAAAUAACCCUACGAUGAUCUAUACUGUAUCAAGUUUCAGCAUAAAGCAGACAAUAGUGUCAGAUUGUUCUUUCGUGGCAUCACUAGCUAUCAGUGCAGCAUAUGAAAGAAGGUACAACAAAAAAUUGAUCACGAGUAUCAUUUACCCUCAGAAUAAGAAAGGAGAACCAGAAUAUAAUCCAUGUGGUAAAUACAUGGUGAAGCUUCAUAUCAAUGGUGUUCCUAGGAAGGUAAUCAUAGAUGAUCAGUUACCUGUUGAUCAUAGUGGGGAACUUCUCUGCUCUUAUUCCAAUAAUAAGAAUGAAUUGUGGGUGUCACUAAUAGAAAAGGCUUACAUGAAGGUCAUGGGAGGAUAUGAUUUUCCUGGAUCAAAUUCUAAUAUUGAUCUCCACGCACUGACAGGUUGGAUACCUGAAAGAAUUGCUAUGCACUCUGACAAUCAAGCCUUCAAUAAAGAUAGCACUUUCAGAAUGCUUUAUCAGAGAUUUCACAAGGGAGAUGUCCUUAUCACAACAGCAACAGGGGUGAUGUCUGAAGAGGAAGGAGAAAAGUGGGGUUUAGUUCCAACCCAUGCAUAUGCAGUCUUGGAUAUAAGAGAAUAUAAGGGACUUCGAUUUCUUCAGCUAAAAAAUCCCUGGAGCCACUUACGCUGGAAGGGACAAUACAGUGAAAAUGACACAAGAAACUGGACCCCAGAUUUACAAAAAUACUUGAACUUUGAUCCCAGAACAGCUCAGAAAAUAGACAAUGGCAUUUUCUGGAUUUCCUGGGAGGACCUGUGCCAGUACUAUGAUGUUAUUUAUUUGAGUUGGAACCCAAGUCUUUUUAAAGAAUCUACAUGUAUUCACAGUACGUGGGAUGCAAAGCAGGGCCCGGUGAAGGAUGCCUACAGCCUGGCCAACAACCCUCAGUACAAGCUGGAGGUGCAGUGUCCACAGGGUGGUGCUGCUGUCUGGGUCCUGCUCAGCAGGCACAUCACUGACAAGGAUGACUUUGCCCACAAUCGGGAAUUCAUUACAAUGGUUGUAUAUAAGACUGACGGCAAAAAAGUUUACUACCCAGCUGAUCCUCCUCCUUAUAUUGAUGGUAUUCGGAUCAACAGUCCUCAUUAUUUGACCAAGAUAAAGCUGACCUCUCCAGGUUCCCAUACAUUCACCUUGGUGGUGUCCCAGUAUGAGAAACAAAACACGAUCCAUUACACAGUCAGGGUAUAUUCCUUGUGCAAGUUCACCUUUUCCAAGAUUCCUACACCUUACACCAUUUCCAAACGGGUUAAUGGACAGUGGAAAGGUCAUAGUGCUGGAGGAUGUGGAAACUUCAGAGACACCUACAAAAAUAACCCCAUUUAUCAAUUCCAGCUAGACAAGAAUGGACCACUGCUAAUUGAACUACGGGGGCCGAGGCAAUACAGUGUUGGUUUUGAACUUGUCACCGUUUCAACAGUGGGAGAUCCUGGUUCCUAUGGCUUUCAUAAAAAAAGCAGUGGUGACUACAGGUGUGGAUUUUGCUACUUGGAAGUGGAGAACACAUUUGCUGGAGUUUACAACAUUAUCCCCACCACAUUCCUGCCUCAACAAGAGGGCCCUUUUUUCUUAGAUUUUAACAGUACUACUCCUCUUAAGGUGUCACAGCUGCAGUGAGGAGACAGAACUGU